CUCUCCCUCCCUCUCUCUCCUCCCCUCCCUCUGUCCCUCCCUCUCUCCCUCUCUCUCGGAGCAGGAAUGUGGAAACGGGAGUCCAGGCAGCGCAGCGCAGCGACGCACGUCUCCGCUCCGCAGCGUACGGGAGUGAAUACUUGAUCAUCGCUUCGGUUAAACACAUUGAUGAGAGCAGGAAGUGAUCGGUGAACGGAUUCUGGAGUCACUCCCCCCCCACCACCACCACCACCACCACCACUUUGGAUUUACACACUCAGCUCGGACCUCGGACGCGUCUUUCUCCUUCUCUCUUCCUCGACCGACCGAAGGAGGAAAAGUUUGUCCUUCUGAGAACCCAACGUAUCUGGAGUCCGCAGAUGGGAACCAGCCCUCCGUGCACACCGAGCGCCCCUCACCCCGGCUCUGUGCCAACAUGGACCCGCAGUCACUGAGAAGGUGAAGACUUGCCCGUGUUAAAUGCUCAGUGCGAGGCUUCCCACAACACAGCGACUGCUCAUAUAACUGCCGUCAGUUCAGGGACUGUGUGAACCACUCGCAGGUCGCUUGCCAAUGGCGUCCAGUCUGACAUGUACGGGCGUCAUCUGGGCCCUGCUGUCCCUGCUGUGCGCCGCUGCCUCCUGCGUUGGCUUCUUCAUGCCCUACUGGCUGCUGGGGACACAGAUGGACAAGCCCGUGUCCUUCGGCACAUUCCGCCGGUGCUCCUACCCGGUGAGGGACGAGGAGAGACAGGCCACCGUCAUGCUGGAGCAGUGUGGCCGCUACGCCUCCUUCAACGGCAUCCCGAGCCUGGAGUGGAGGAUCUGCACGGUGGUCACGGGUGUGGGAUGCGGCCUCCUCCUGCUGGUGGCACUCACAGCUCUCAUGGGAUGCUGCAUCUCCGACCUCAUCUCGCGCACUAUUGGCCGCGUGGCUGGUGGCAUCCAGUUUGUUGGAGGUCUGCUCAUAGGAUCAGGCUGCGCACUCUAUCCGCUGGGAUGGGACAGUGAGGAAGUACAACAGACCUGCAACAACAGCUCGGACCAGUUUCAACUAGGUUCCUGCCAGAUCGGCUGGGCCUAUUACUGCACAGGGGCAGGGGCGGCGGCCGCCAUGCUGCUGUGCACCUGGCUGUCCUGUUUCGCCGGGAAGAAGCAGAAGCAGUACCCGUACUGAAGGGAGCACCGGAGAGACGGAGGAGGGGGGGACAGACGGAGACCUCCGCGGUACAAUGAAAGGGAGAGGACUCUGACUCUGUGGACUCGCGGUACAGCACACCAGGCACCAAAGACACCAAGUCACCAUCCUGGUGCUCUGCACAUCAUGGGACAAAUACUCAUCCGACAACUGCAGGGACUGUUCAUUAUGCAGCACACACACACACACACACACACACACACACACACACACACACACACACACACACACACACACACACACACGGUUCCUCUCGUUAAUAGCUGUUCUUAAAUGAAAAAUAAAUGGACCAAUUCCUAUUUGUAAAAUUGUUUCAUAACAAUUUCUGUAAUGAGAGUAUUCUCUUUUUUCCUUUUUUUCUCCUUCUUCUUCUUCUCUAUCGGUUAUUUGAUGUUUAUGUGCUAGUGUGCCCUGUAAUUAAGAGAAAAGUAAUACUGCUUUAUUGUCACGUGAAGUGUUUCUGUCUCUGCCUCAUUUCCCAUCCUUGCCUUAAAAACCCACGGAAACGCAAUAAUCCCUGUUACGUAAAAAGCAAUCCAACACUGACUGCCUGCUUCCUCAACUCAGCCUUUUUCGGGUACCCCAAAAAUCUAAGCAUAGUUUAUUUAACACACACACAUAUAAGAUAUACGUUGUGUAUGAUAAUGUAAUUUAUCAUAUUAGCACAUGUUUUGUAUCCACUGUUCAAAUUAUUCUUUGUCAUUGUUUUGGUUUUUGUAAAUAAAUGUUUCUUGAAUUA